UAUUUGCGGGUCCUCUCACCGCCCACCCCACAUAAAAAGCCGCCCAUUGUCUGCGGCAGCUGCUGUUUCGACUCCCUUCAUCCCCGUCAGACACCAGCUCACAGGUGUUGUGACUUUACAAUUCCCGGUGGAGUGAGGAGCCCCACAGCCCCGCAGCCAUGAAUCCCAAAGGGGGGGAUAAGCCGAAGUCGAAGAUUUCGGCUUCUCGCAAGCUCUCCCUUAAAAUGCUCCUCCUCCAGAGGGCCUGCGAGGAUUUGGAGAAGGAGACGCAGGACAGGGAGGAGGAGAAAGUGCGUUAUCUCGGGGACAAGCUGCCCCCGUUGCAGAUGUCUGGAUUGCCACCAGGAGAUCUGCAAGCUCUGUGCAAAAAGCUUCAUGAUCAAAUCAACGUUGUGGACGAGGAGCGGUACGACUGUGAACACAAAGUGAUCAAACACAACAAAGAUAUCCACGAGCUGAAACUGAAAAUACAGGACCUUGGAGGCAAGUUCAAAAAGCCGGCCCUGAGGAAGGUGAGGGUGUCGGCUGACGAGAUGAUGAGGGCUCUCCUGGGAUCCAAACACAAGGGCUCCAUGGACCUGAGAGCCAACCUCAAGUCUGUGAAGAAGGAGGACGUCAAAACGGACAAGGUGCUCACCAGUGAAGUGGGCGACUGGCGUAAGAACGUGGAGGCCAUGUCGGGCAUGGAGGGCCGCAAGAAGAUGUUCGACACCGGCGGCGGAGGCCAGUGAGACGGCGCGAGCGACGAUCGCCCUCACCGCGACAAA